AUUUAAAGAUAGUGGGAUUGAUUCGUUCAUUCAUUCAAAGAAGAAGAAGAAGAAGAAAAGAGGAGGGACUCACUGAUUCAGAAGGAAGCAGGGAAUAGCGCAUCGCUCAGGUUUAUUUUCCACAUGGAAACUCGGCGCACAAACUUUGAGAGCAUGUUGUACAGAUCAUCUUCUACUCAUGUCUAAACUUUCAGCACAAUCGGAUUUUACCAUUCUCUAAAUAAAAGCUUUCAAAUUUGCUUAAUAAGUCUUUUUCUUAAUAAUUAUGAUUAUUAUUUUUAUAAAUAAUAUCAGUAGCCAAAGAAUCCAAUACAUGGAGGGCCAUGCAGUUGAAAUAAGGCAUUGAAUUUGACAAUGGGCCUAUCCAAAGGUUUCCCUCUCUGCAGCUGUCAGAAUCAUCCACUCUGCUCUCUACAUGGCAGUGAAGGCCAGCAUAGAAGGAACACUUCACCUUAUUAUCCAUUUAAUAUUAAUAUUUAGGCAGAUUUUUUUUCUAGUCCAGUAAGAUUAGAGGCAUUCUAAGUUGAGCCCCAUGCUUCAACAGGGAAGAAUGAGAUGACAUUGUUUACCACAUGGAUAUUUAGAAAAUGGUCUAGAUAGGCCACAUGUCAAACUGCAGACUUAGAUUCAACCAUAUAACCACCCAUGUGUUGACAUAUUCCCUUGUAUUUUCAGCCAUCCAUUUCUUUCUAGAAAAGUUUCAUUUUUCCACUGGAUUUUCAAGACCUUGUUUUGCCACUUGGUCAACACUGUUUUGUCUAAAACUUGACAUGUGAGCAGUGGACCUUCGGGUCCACUUGGCCACAAAAUCUUAGCCCCUAUCCAAUCUGCCAUGUAGCAGAUAUUUAUACCACUCUAGUGAAACUCUCUAGACCUGCUAGCAAAAUUUUAAAUUUUAAGUUAUAAAUUCAUACCCUUAUGCGGAAACCUGGAAAAAUUGAUCAAGCUGAAAUUUAGACACAUAGAGUUGAAUAUGACAUGGACAAAUUGUUCUCCAAGGUUUUAGUGCCAACUGAAAACUGCCACUUGGAAAAUAUAUUAUUAUUAUUAUUUUGCAACAAUGAAUGCAUCUGGUUUAAAAUGGAACACUUGUUUUGCUACUGUUUGAAGUAGAGCUGGACAGACAAACACUUAUUAGUGUCAGACUGCAUUUACAUAUUCUACUACAGGGAUUGUGGUGAUUUCGUCUCCAAGGAGUUCUGCACACAUUGUCUUUGUGUUAAAAAAACUCAAGGAGUUGAAGCAACUAUUUAUGUUAGGUCAUUAUGGCUUCAGUGGAUUUGUUGGAAAAUAUGUGCAUGUUUUCUGUAAAUAUUGUCAUGGGCCUUUCAAAUAUUGGAAUAGAUCUGGUAAUGGAGUGCGUUCCCUGCAUCAGUUUAAGUUUAAGAAAUCUGUUCAAUUGGUCAAGGGAAAAAAGGCAGGGAAAUCUGUCAAAUCUAGAGUCAGUGCAGAAGAUAAAAACCCAAAGGUUUAUAUGAGGGACACCAUUGGAAAUAUAUCCAAAAUAUUAAGGUAUUCAACAUGGGAUUUAGCACAGGAACAGCUUGAAAAUCUCACUAUAAGGUGGGAUUCAUACACAAUAAACCAAGUUCUAAAAACACAUCCACCAAUGGAAAAGGCUUGGCUGUUUUUCAAUUGGGCUUCUCAUCUAAAAGGCUUCAAGCAUGACCAGUAUACUUACACAACAAUGCUGGACAUCUUUGGAGAAGCUGGGAGGAUUUCAUCAAUGAAGUUUGUCUUUCAGCAGAUGCAAGAAAAAGGUAUAAAGAAAGAUGCAGUUACAUACACUUCACUUUUGCACUGGCUUUCUAAAGAUGGGGAUGUUAAUGGGUCAUUGAGGAUGUGGGAGGAGAUGAAAGCAGCUGGCUGUCGUCCCACAGUUGUUUCUUAUACUGCCUUGAUGAAGGUUCUUUUUGAUAACAACAGACCAAAGGAGGCCACUGAUAUUUACAAGGAAAUGCUUCAGUCAGGGUGUUCACCGAAUUGUUACACUUAUACAAUCUUAAUGGAGUAUCUUGCUAGAACUGGAAAGUUUAAAGCUGCUCUUGAUAUUUUGAGCAAAAUGCAAGAUGCCGGGGUGCAACCUGAUAAAGCUACAUGCAAUAUUUUAGUCCAAAAAUGUUCCAUUGCUGGGGAAACAAGGGCAAUGGCUCAAAUCCUUCUUUACAUGAAAGAGAGUUCCAUUGUCCUCCAUCGACCUGUCUAUUUGGAGGCACUUAAAACUCUAGAAAAUGCAGGUGAGGCUACUGAUCUACUGAGGAAAGUUAAUCCACACCUCUCCUUUGAAAGAAUUGGCAAGGAAGGGAUAUUUGAGUCGGAAGCCACUGUGGUUGAUGUAAAUUCAUUUCUCGAUACAGGCCUUGCCAUAAAUCUCUUGGCCAAGCAUAAUUUUGUUGCUGUUGAGUACUUACUUAAUGAGAUUAUCUGUAGGAAUGUCCAAUUUGAUUCUAUGGUUGUUUCUACCAUAGUACAGGUAAGUUGUGCCAAUUGUAGACCAACUACUGCUUUGUUGGCCUUCAGAUACAGUUUAAAGAUGGGGUUAGAAGUUGAGAGAGCUGCAUACCUGGCUCUAAUAGGCCUCUUUUUCAGAACAAAGUCAUUUCUGAAUGCUCUGGAGGUUGUUGAACAAAUGAUUGGUGUAAGAUUUUUUUUCGGAACAUAUUUGGUUUCACUAUUGGUUAACCAGUUUGGUUCUGCUAAAAUGUCUGCGACUGCCGCAAAGAUUUUCCAUUCAUUGCCUGAUGACCAGAAUCUAGUUACUUACACUGCUUUAAUGCGAGCCUACUUCUGUUAUGGGGACGUUGAUAAGGGACUUGAAAUAUAUGAGACUAUGAAAAAUAAAGGGAUCUGUGUCUCAUUGGGGACAUACAAUGUGUUGGUAAUCGGUCUUGAGGAUUCUGGCAGAGUUCAAGAAGCUGAAACUUACAGAAAAGCCAUGAAGAAGAUACGAUAUGAUGGCCAUUCACAAAAUAAGUUUCCAAUGGAGGCAAGCCUUUGUGACCUUUUGUUUGCUAGGGGUGCAGUCUCCUGACUUGGCUGUUAUAGGACAAUUGCAUCAUCCAAGUUGUAUUCAUCUGCCUUAUCAUCUAUGUGCUUCAAGGAGGGCUUAAUGCUACUUUUGAGUGUGGGCAGCUGGAAUGUAUUGCUUUUUCUCUCGUUUGAAAUCUGCAUGAUGAACCUGAAGUGAGUUUAGCCGGGAGGAUUCAUUUGGUCAAGCAUGCUAAACUUUUGGAUUAAUCAAUACCCUUGGUAUCCACGUCUAUACAUGAUUAAUUUGAAUACACCCGCAGGGCAGGGAUGCAUUGUUCACCUUCAUAUAGGCACAUAUUGAUGUACUCUCAAUCACAGAAUGAAUCUGAAAAUAACAUGGUAGUGGAAAAAUACUGGUGGUCUGGUACAUUGAUGCACUCAAGCAACAUAUUUAUUUAUUUGAGAUGUCUAUAUAUCUUUGUGCAUCAAAUCUAAUGUCAAUCCGACUUUGUUUUGGUUUUUCAUUUUUUUGAGAUAAGGAACCUGCUUCUCUGCUUCAUAUGCUUCUACUUAUAAAAUCUGUCUACCAAAAAAAAAAUAAAUAAAUAAAAUAAGUAAUAACGAAAGGAGCCUUACCCAACUUAUUCAUGUCACAACACAGAAAGGUUUGAACUCGGUGUGGAAUAGCCAAAUCGGAAAGUUAUACUAGCGGGGGUGCAAAUGGAGUGACUACAAGAAUCACUUCUAGUGGCAUAUGGCCUAUACCCCAGGAAUGGAUAUCAUAAAGGGAAUGAAAAUCCUAAACAAGAGGCCUUUAAACCUCUCCAAGAGAGUAUAUUUAUUUUUCUUCAUAUUUCCAAUCCUUGAUGAGGAAGAGCUGUUUAAGAAGGUUCUCCCUCGUCUUUGAGUGCUGAAAGUGUGUUAUAUGCUACCACUUUUGACAUGGAAUCCUGUUUAGCCUGAAUUUUGGCUCUGAAGUGGUAUAACGAAAAUGAGGACAGAACAAGUAAAAUUAUCAACUUGGGGCUGGUGGAAGGAUGUUAGCAGGGUUCUCAUCACAUACUGGCUCGCUAAUAGUUCAGGCAUUGAUGAUAUGAUCUGCAAAGAUUGAUGGAAGUCAGCCUAUCUGGUCUCUCUGUGAGUUGAUAAAGAAAGAUCACAAAAAUUUGGUGUUCAUACUGUCAAGGACAUGGUAUCAGACGUCUUCUCUUUGAAGUUUGAACUUAGGCUUUUGUAGGGGAAGGGAAAGGAAAUGAAAUAGUUAAAGAGAACAUAAAAACUUGUGUAAUCAUGAUUAUAUAACUAUCUUAAACUCUUUAGCAAAUUUGUUAAUUAAAAAAGUUUCAAAUUGAAACUUUAGAAUGUUUUGUUGUUAAUUAUGUAAUCAUUUCUUGUAAAAAUUAAAAAAAUCUCAGAUGGAGCCUUGACGAAUUUUGCUUGCACUGUUCUGUAUUGCCCCAGAAAAAAAUCAGAAUGAUCAGAUGAUAUGUUUUUUUAGUA